CUAUCCUAAAAUUAUAUUCGUUCAACCCAAAUAUACUUAGAACAACCAAAAUUAAUUUAAAACUUUAUACAUGGGUUCAAAUAGAAUUCAGAAGUUGUUAUUUUCUGAGUACAGUGACCUGGAGGACAUAGUGUUGGUGGAAGGACCUUUUGCAGAAACUGAUCGAGAAGGAAGAGGCAUUCGUCAAGUGCAGAUAGGACUGACUCCCACCAAGCUCAUCGUCGCGUCCUACUACGUGGAGCCUGUGGCAGAGAUGGAUCAUGACUGGAGGUCUCCUAGAGGUCAGGACUUGGACAUCGAGAGUUUCGAGCUGGUGUCAGCCUAUCCGGUGGAGAGCGUCAACCUAUCUGUGUACAGACGACGGCGCAGACAAACGUUGAAGGCCCGCUUCUGCAACGGGAAGGUGGUCUUCUUCGAGAUAGGUGGAUGGCAGGAGCGUAAGAUGCUGUGGUCUCUGUGGUGUGAGAGGGUAAAGUUCCUCUCCCCCUACGAGAGUGGAAACUCCGUCUCCGAGACUUCCAUAGGGAGCAGCACCAGCAGUAGUCCCUCCCUGUAUAUCGCCAGGAGCUCUCUCUCCGUCAACAAGACUGGGACUCCGACCCUGUGGAAUCAUUACGCCUGUGGAGAGAGUUCCUGGAUGGAUCCCAAUUUGUAUCUGGGUCCAAAUUUCAAGGACAAAGGCAUCAGCGGAUUUACAAUUUUUGGUUUGAAGAGUACAAGGUAA